UCCAACAAAAUGUCACACAUUCGGCAUCUUGAUUUCGACGAAGAUAGAAAUCUUAAUCAGUGGCUCGAGGAGCAAUGCAUCUAUCUGAAUAGCAAGAAGAGACGCGAACUCUCAGAUGUUCUUCCGGUUGCUAUAAUUGUGAAGAAGUUCUACGCUCGAUUGGUGGACCUGAAUCCGUACACUCCCUUACGGAACAGUGUGGCUCUCAAGUUGAAGAAUUGGGAGAUUUUCAAUGCAAGAGUUCUUAAGAAACUGAACAUAAAGCUGUCCGAAUCAGACAUAAUGGCGCUCGCCCAAGGCAGCAGAGGGGCAAUAGAGUCGCUAUUCUACGACCUUUUCGUGGCGGACAGAAGCAUCAAGACACCCAGAGAGUCAAGGACACCCGACGAGCCGGUUAAGAUACUGAGAAAGACGCCUAAGGGACACAGCAUGUCGUUGAAGCAACGCAAAGAAGCGUUGCAGAAACGCAUAGAAUCGUUGGAGAGACGCAACGAAUUGUUGCAGAAAUCCAGCGAGCCGUUGAAUUCGAAGUCACUGACAUUCGUCGAGACCCCAGGGGCUGCCUCAGUCCAGGACUUAUCGUUGAAGUCGAGGUCACUAACCUUCAACAGCAUCUCAAGGCCAGCCCCAGUGCUGGCAUUGUCGGAGAUGUUAAUCGUCGAUGCGGGGCAAACGAUCAACGGCACGGUGCUGGAGAUGCCGUACCACGUAGUACCUUACGAUAUUUACGAGAAGGACAUGCGUACAAGCGUUUCAAAGGACGCCUACAUUAGCAGACUAGAAGAGAAAACUAAAUAUAUGAAAGACGUUAUAAAUUUAAAAGACAGCCGCAUCGACGACCUGAUGAGCCAAUUGUGUAAGCUAUCGGUGAAAUUGUUACAGAUGAAUUCAAGUUUUAAGAAAAAUUUGGAUAAGGCCAAAAAGAUGCAAGAUUUUGCGAAUUCCUGAAAACGUCAACAUAUAGUUUUCAAUGUUCAUUUUAGUUUUUAAAACAUA